AGCAUGCCGGACAAAUACUACUGCGUCGAUUCAGUUUCUAAAGCAUUAGAAAGAGACUGUAAAGUGUAAUUGUUUGAUUUCGUCCUGGAAGUGGUAAAUCUGCAGACUCAAACAAAAGUGGAGUGGUUGUUGUCGAUAAUUAUCUUCGUACAAAAUACACAUCACAACUACAAUUCCUAUCCCUUUGCCCUGACCUUUGCUCAAUAACUCAAAAUGGAUUUGGAUAUGCCGCAUAAAGAUGAACCCAAUGUCACACUCACCAUUCGACUUAUUAUGCAAGGAAAGGAAGUGGGAAGCAUCAUCGGCAAAAAAGGAGAGAUCGUAAACAGUUUCAGAGCCGAGUCUGGAGCCAAAAUAAAUAUAUCAGAUGGGUCAUGCCCCGAAAGAAUCGUUACAGUGACAGGAUCUACAGGUGCCAUAUUCAAAGCGUUCACUCUCAUCUGCAAGAAGUUCGAAGAGUGGUGUUCCCAGUUCCAGGAAGUAAAUACCAGUGGCAGCGGCGUACCGAGGCCACCGAUCACCCUUAGGUUGAUCGUCCCGGCAAGUCAGUGCGGUUCGUUGAUCGGCAAGGGCGGUUCGAAGAUCAAGCAGAUCAGAGAAGUUACCGGAGCGUCCAUACAGGUGGCGUCCGAGAUGCUGCCCAACUCGACGGAGAGAGCUGUGACCAUUUCUGGAACCGGAGAAGCCAUAACGCAGUGUAUCUAUCACAUCUGCACAGUAAUGCUCGAGUCCCCUCCCAAAGGAGCAACCAUACCCUACCGCCCCAAACCCCAAGUAGGCGGCCCUGUGAUCCUAGCCGGCGGUCAGGCCUACACCAUCCAAGGCAACUACGCCGUACCCACACACACAGACGUAAGUAACUCAGUAAUCACUCCCAUACUUACUCCCACUCACUUGACCGCACUUGGCCAUCCCCUGACCGGCGCGGUGGCGCCCGUCACCGCUCCCCUCGUGCCCCUCGAGCCGCUCAAGGACAUGCACUUUCAGGCAGCUCUACCGCCGGGGCACCUGUUGCCAGAUAUCGCAUCGCUUGGAAAGAGUCCACUGGCAGGUUUGGCAGCCUUGGGAUUGGGAGGUUUGACACCCACGAAUACUGGCGGAUUAAACCCAGCAGCAUUGGCUGCUCUUGCUGGCUCACAGCUGAGGUCCUCAUCCUCCAGAAAUCAGCAGAACGCCAAUCAGCAGACCCACGAGAUGACUGUGCCGAACGAACUGAUCGGCUGCAUAAUCGGCAAGGGGGGUACCAAGAUCGCGGAAAUUCGUCAGAUUUCUGGGGCGAUGAUAAGAAUCUCCAAUUGCGACGAUCGCGAAAGUGGCGUGACAGACAGAACGAUCACCAUAUCUGGCAACCCUGACGCUGUAGCGCUGGCCCAAUAUCUCAUAAACAUGAGGAUAUCCAUGGAGACAGCCGGUUUGCCACUUCCAGGAUAUCAUUACAUUGCACCGAACCAUAUCGUCAAAGCUCCGAUACAUUAACUGGACUGGUUCUGGCAUCCAGCAACUUGGAUGCCAUUAACAUAUCCCCAAUUACAAUGAUGGCAUCAAAGAUGCCAGAGUAAAAGAAUUUAUACGUGUGAGAGAUUCUUACAAAUUUUGACAAUACGAUUGUCAUUGAUUAUUAUGAUGGUUAUUUAAACUUAAAAGAUUGGUAACGGGGAACAAGCCAAAGAUUUGUUAUUUUUAAUUUUUUAUAUAUCAUAUUUAUAUGGAUAUAUUUAGAUACAAUCACAGGUAAGUGUGUUGCGUUUUUCGAAUAUAAUCGUAUUGCAACAGGUUAAAAAAGACAUUAGUUUUAGGAUAUUGUUGCAGUAUCGUUAUAUGCAUUGUUUUUAUUAUUAUUGUUUUAUUAGACAUUGGAAUUGUACAUAGUAUUAAGAAUAGGAAGCUUUUUGAUUUAUUGUCCCCACUUAUCGAUUCAAUCAUAAUAUCAAAUUCAGUUCACAUCUUUUUCGUGUAAUAGUAACAAUAGUUAAUUUUUUAAAAUACUUGCAUCAUAAUACUUUAUCAUAUGCAAUAAAAAGUGUGCUAAAUCUCCAGAUCAAAAUACAGCUGUCUUUUAAAGGUAGCAAAAACGUUAUUUUGAAUAUGUUUCUUGAAGUUAUGAUGCAGGUAUAAUAAAAAUAGCGUAUGAGACACGUGUAUGCUUUCAAAGCACCUUGCGCGUGCUUAUACAGCUUAAUCAUAAUAUAUUAAUGAAGCAUUCCAUCGUACAAAAUCUUCAAAAUGAUAUUUUUUAACUUUCGCUAUUUUGUUUAGUCAAUGGGAUGAAUUAUUUAAGUUUUAAACUUGAUGGAAAGUAGGUAUUCGGAAUGGAUUUUCCAUUCGAAUAAAAGAUGGAAAACUGAUCAAUGACCGUUUCAAAGUACAUUAGAAAGUGCCUUUUCUAAAUUUUAUGGAGUUUCAGUUGUACUCUUGAACAAAAACUGGGCAAUAAGUUGAAAAGCAAUUUCUCAUUCGUAUUAAGCAUGUAGCCUCGUUGAAUAGUGUCAUAUUUUUUUUAACGACGAAGAAAAAUUGUUAACCAGUCUUUUUGUCUGGUUGGUAAUGAUAACAGUGGUCGAAAACCAUUGUUCAAGCGAAUCAGGCUGUGGGUGUCCCAUUGAAAGUUUUCAUUCAACUUCCAUACCAUUGAUUAAUAUGUGCCAAAAUUCACCAGCCCAAAACCAAUCAACCGGAUUGCCUAUUCGAUCUUUCUUUAGCGAUCCCUCCCACACAGCGUUCCAAGUGGCAAGUGAGAAAAAAAAUUAUAACCUAAUUUAAAAACCAAAAAUUAAACCAAAGAUUUAAUGACGAGAAGGGUCAACUGAGCAUAUUCUGUUAUUCACAAGCUCAAAUUAUGCUCAAUAUAGAGGCCAAUAAAGGAGAUAAGCAAUAAAUAUAUGAAUAACCGGAUAUGCUCUGUUCUUAUUUUUUAAAUUUUAUUGCUGAAAAUUAUUAUAUCUAUUUAUUAUUAGGAAAAAAUUGACGUGAAGUAUUAGAUUCUGAGUAAAUUGAUUUAUUUUUAUAUAGACAGUGUAGGCCAUGUUAUGGCUCUUAACUCUUAAAAUAUAGGGAGGUCCUUUUGGAGGUACAAACUUAAAUGGCAGAUUCCUCGAAACAUUUUAAGAAGAAAAAAGUCCUAUAAGCAUUGGUCCGCAAAGGCGUUUUGUUUUCGAUAUACAGGCUGUUAAAGUUUGCCUUUUUUUCAAGUUUUUUUUUCUCAUAGCACCUUUCCUUCACAAGAUAUUUAACUUAAAAAUUUUUGAUCAUGUGUGUUAUAUUAAAUUUUAAUGCAAAUCUACAGGGUUAUAUUUUUUCUGGAAUUGUGUUCGCUUCUUUCCUCCAGAACUUUUUUUGUGUGGAUUACUGGUAGUUAAGAAACAUGAAAAAAGAUACUUUGGUCUAUAACAACACUUCUGGUUGCUUGUAGUUUUAACGUAUCUGCUACCGAUUUCGAGAAAAAAAAACAAACCAUUCUCUAGAAAUCCUUAGGAAAAACCUAAUUAUUUUAAAGGACUAGUUAGUAAGCUGUGAUGAAUAAAUUAAUUAUAAGUUUUGGUACUUAUUUACCUUAUCUGUAGCGAAGAUUAAUAAAGUUUCGAUAAACUGGUAUCUCGAAAACAAAGUGUUUGCAGACGAUCUUUAUAGAUUUUUUUUCUUAAAAUUAUGCAAGGAAUUUGUACAAUCAAUUUAGGAACAUCCUGUAUAUGUUGUAAUGAAAAAAUCAUGUAACAAAACUAUAAUUUCCUAUUAUUUCGAUGAACAGUUAAAAGUCUCAUUGAUGUGAAAAAAAUAUUACAUUAGAUUUAUGUGGAUAAUAUACCUAGUCCCUCAGUAAUUAUAAGAUAUUGUCAGGCUCAGGGCCGUAUCUAGGGCGUGGCAAAGGUGACACUUGCCACGGGCGCCCAAAAAUAUCAGAAGAAAAAAAUAUUGGAGCAGCAGGCGAAAUAAUUCGAAAGAUCACAACUCGGUUUUCAUGUAUACAUCUCGCAAUGAGCGAUGCCGAGGAAUCUAGAAACAUUUAAAAUAUUGUUAUCCUUCCCUAGAACUUGCGUACUAAGCCUAAAAUAAUCACAAGAUCAGCAAAACGAAAAUAUGCAAUAUCUCAGGUAAUUUACAUUAUUUUCCUGAAUUUCUAGUCUCUUUCACUUUUGUCACUUGGAACAGCGUUCUACAAAAUUUUAUCUUUAUGAUGUUGACGCGAAUGAAAUCUCAGAAUUGUAUUAUCGAACAAAAGAUGUUCGUUUGUUAUAAUUAGAUAGUUACUGUGAUCACUAGAAUUGAAACUGCACCUAAGAAAGUAUUAAACAGUUAAAUUCAUCAAAUUGUUAAAGCAACUCCUGGAACUGAUACCUAAACAACCCUGUAAGCAAUUAGCAGGCCCUCAAGUUAAAGUUAAAAAGAAAACAGUUCAACGGAACUGAUUAUAAAAAAAGUUAGUUUCAAAUUGAAACAUUUAUCCAGUACGAUGUAUAUCUUCAAGUAAAGGCAUCCAGAUAUUUGAACAAGGGCCAAGUUAAGGUAUAUCAGAUUUAUCAAUAUAUCACAGUAAUUUUUGAAAGUUUCUAAGUGGAUUGUUUUUAAUGGAAACAGUGAUGCUGCUGAUUGAACCAAGGCACAAAGCAAAAGCAGUUUCGAUUUAUACAGAAGUAAAGACGUGUGAUCUAUCGUUUUUUGUAGCAAUAUUAUAGUUCUUUGAGACACAAAGGAAUUGAGAAAUUAGUUGUAUGUGUAGAUCACGAAACGCUUGAUUUAAGCAAAGAGAUAGUCUUUUAUAGUUUAAGUGUUGCUUUUAUUAGAUUUUGCUUCGAGUCUUGGUUUUUGUGUCGAAAAUAUGGAAAUUAGUGAUAUGAUCUAGUCUUUUUCCAACUUAUUUAUGUAGUACUCGUUAAUAUUUGUUGAAAAUUAACAAUUGACUAUAAUAGGGACAAUCUAUUGUUAUCCCUCUCGAUGUUACUUGAUGUUCUUUGAUAAAAAUUAUAAAAUUUUCAUAUUUAUGUGCCAAAUUUUCGGAGAUAUCCAUAGAUUAUACAGAGGGUCGUAUAAUUUUGAAAAUAAUUGCUCUUUCGAAUAGAAUCUAGUGUUUAAUGAUAGUUAUCGUACGUUCAACUGCAAUUGGUUAUUGCUUCUAUAAAAGAGAGUAGCAGCACUUACAGAGUGGGAUAUUAAAUUGUUGAAUUUACUUUAUUGCUUAGUGGUUAUAGUAUAGUGGGGCCUUAAUGUCGGCUAGCGAAUAGUUGUCGUGUUGUGAAGGCUUUAAUUAUUGACUACCUACUUCUUGAAGUAUAUUUUCUACUCCGAUCUAACAGACGCUUAACAUGAAGUUUAUUUAUUAUUAUAUUAUUACCAUUCUUACAUUUUUAUGACAAAAUGUUACUAUACCUAUCAUUUUUUUCAAGCAUAAGAAUUUUUGAGAUAAAUUAGUCAUGGAAAUAACAUUUUCCCAGUAUCGAAUUGACAAAAAUUAAAUUUUGUUGAAUGAAGAGAAAGUAUGAAGGCAUAUUCAUUAAAAAUCAAUAUUCGUUAAAAUAAACUCAUAAAAUGAAGAUUCAAGUGCUAUAAAUUGAGAGAAAAUCAAAGAUAAUAGAGACAAUUCCUGUGAAGACUAAUUUGAAGUAUUUUUGUUUUAGAUGGGAAAGGGUACCUGAAUGUUUCUAAAAGAAAAUUAAUUUCCAAUACGAAUGAUGCAAUUUGAAAUUGUCAUAAAUGACAAUAGUGUAUAUUAGUUAUUGAUAUUUUAUGUCUGAUUAUCUUGUCCGAAAAAAUUUUGAAACAACCGAUGAAUGAUCUGCUAAGGAUCUGAAUGAAUGGAAAUGCUCUUAAGUCAAUUUGAUACUGAGAAAAACCCAAUGCGGGAAAGUUUUUUGUCAAUGUCAUUUUAUCAAUAUCUACACUCAGACAUUGAAGUGAGCUUCCCCGCAUUUGAGAUGCAAAUAUAACUUUUCCUGUAAUAAAAUAUAAAAAAAAACAGCAGGAUACAAAUAAAACCAACAAUAAGCUAGCCGUAUUAUCAGCCCUCAAAAAGGAACAAAAUUACAAUCAAAUAAAGUGAAAUGAAACUAUAUAUAAUUUAUAGCCUUUAAAGAAACAGGGUCAUAAAAAUAAUUAGAAGAUUGUGAAAUUAGAUAGAAAUAAUAUUGUGGAAUCAUAUUCAGUAUCAGAAUCCGACAGUAUUUUUUGCGAUAUAACAUUUCUAAGUAGUUACUAUCUAAGACUUUUUUGCAAAACUUAACUCUGCCAGCACGGGACUAUGAAAAUAUAUCCCUAAAACUAUUACGGCACCUUUUAAUAAAGAAAUGGGCAACAUUUUUUAAUGUUUUAGGCCUUAGGGGGUUGCUGUAUUUGUUCACGUUUUUAUUGCAACAAAUAUUGAAUUGUCAUAUCGGAAUAUGUCUUAUAUUCAUAUCUAGGAGAAAGAGAUUCGAAUAUUUUGAGACUUAUCUAGCCUUAAAGCAUCAUGGCCAAUAUAGUGAGAAGCAAUAGAUGUUAAUUCGCUUAUAUCGUAUUUCUCGAUAUUGUUAUUCGUUUGAGUGCCAAAUAUUGCAGAUUUUCUGUAUUGAAAAUACUUGAGAAUAUUUAAAAGACUGUGUUAAAUGUAUUCACGUUUCCUAGUUCGAUAUUUUUCUCCUAGAGUAUUCUUGUCUUUGAUAUAGAUUUAUUGUAAGCUGCUUACUUAUCUGUUUAAAACAAUAGUGCCAUGAAAAAAAAUGAAAUAUAGAAAUUAAUUAUUCUCUAUCUACAUGUAAGGCAAGUUAUACUGCUUUUUGCUCAUACACAACACGACUAUGUAUUUGUUGUAUUUAGGGUAGUUGCAAGCUGUUACUCUAAUUAUAUGGUACGAUUUUUUUUAGUAUCGUCAUAUCACGUCUACAUAUCGUAAAAUUCGUUUUAUUUAAUAAUGAUUUGCUCAAUAUAGUAUCUUGUUUUAGUGAAAUUGAGUAACAGCGUUGAAAUUAUUUUGAUAUCUAUCAUUGAAACUUGUCUGUUGAUAUUAUAGUUUUGACGUUCAAUGUUUAGGGCCAAAUAAAUUCAAUUGUUAAAAUCUACAGAAUGAGUUUAAUAUGUAACCUCAACGGUCUUAUUGAAGAACAAUAACUGGAAUAAUGAUCCAAUCAUUAUACUGCAUCUUUUACGAUAUAUACCACUACAAUUAUAAAGAGCAUCUUACAAAAAAUUAUUAUUUAAUUUAUUUCAAUAUAAGUUACUUUACUCCUUUUGAAAUUUCGCAUUUUUGAAAGAAUGUUGCACACAAUUCAAGAAUAACUAGAAAAACAUAUCAGAAUGGAGUCAAAUUGAAAAAUAGUGGAAAAUUCCUUACUGAAUAUAUUGGAUCUGUGAUUCAUCAAUUGGCAUUUUGAAUAAUAAUUUUUAGAAUUAUCGAUAUUCAUAUUAUUAUUCCAGUUAACUAUUCAGAUCAGAAAUAAGCUUAAAAAGAAUGGGGACCAAACCGUUAAUCCAUGAUUAUAACACAAAUAAUUCAGAUCUUGAGCAAAUAUAACUAUUAUAGAAAUUAUAACUGAAAAAUUCAAUUCGAUUUACUUUUCCCUUUUAAUAAAGUUAUAACAUUGGCUCUAAACUUAAUUGUAUGUAAUAAGUGGUGAAUUAUUUAAAUUGUGCUGAAUUAAAUAUUCAAUGAUGCACUUAAGAAGUUUUUCCAUAUUGCAAGAUGUUUAGAAUAUACGUAACUAGAAGAUUAAGCUGUUUUAUGUUUUGUUUUUAUUGAUUAUUGAAGUGUGAUUAUUGACGAAAUAAAAUCUUAUUUAAAAUUGAA